GCGUAGGUGGCGUACAGGUGAGUGACGUCACAGUGUGCAACAGGUGGCAGGAAGCGUCAUGUUUGCUCUUCACAAAGCUGCUGACGCUGAGCGUGCCUGCCACGUGAUUGGAUGGAUCCCUGAACUUUCUCAAACACAGCUGUGGUUUCAUUAGUUGGAUGAUGAACGAAGUUAACCUGAGAGGACGCGUGUCUUCACUCUCAACGGUUCUACUUCCUGCGACUGCAGGGAAACACGGCACAGUGCGUUGGCCAAGGGUGCAUCCUGAAUGGCCCCUCUUUAAGUCCCGCCCCUCAGACACAGACUGGCCAAUCACAGCUGAGGGUCUGCACAGACUUCAUUUCAGGUUUGGGGCAGAUUGUGGGGUCAUUAGAUGAUACUUCUAAACGUUAAGGUCAGAUACCUGACACAAAGGUGGUUCCUGUUCAGUCCAAUCAGAAUUGCUUGCCACUUCCUGGUUAGGCGGCCCGCUGAGCAUGUGCAGUAGUGUUUCUCUCCUGCUGGCUUUACCGGAAUAAAACCUGCAUGGCUCAAACAUUCGUGACAGAUCCUGUCAGUGCUUUGUGGGGAAUAAUGCAGCGAUGCUUAAACAGAAAUAUUGUGGGACUUUCUGGAUGAUCCUGCUGAUUGGCCAAACUGUCAUAGCGACAUGCGUUCAGGUGAACUGGGUUUCCACACCUGGGAACGUUUGUGAGGCUGUCGGUGUCUUCAUUCCUUCAGGUGCCGGAACCACCUGAUGCUGCAGCCUAAUCGGGUCACCUGGGACUGAAAACACACACACACACACACACACACACCUGGACGGCCGUCAUGGCGUCAGAACUGCCCAUCUUGACAGAGCAGCAGGAGCUGCAGAGGAGAGCCAAUCAGGUCACAGAUGAGUCCCUGGAGAGCACAAGGAGGAUGAUGCAGCUGGUGGAGGAGAGUAAAGAUGCUGGGAUCAGAGCUCUGGUGAUGCUGGACGAACAGGGAGAGCAGCUGGAGCGCAUUGAGGAGGGCAUGGACUCCAUCAACAGGGACAUGCGGGAGGCCGAGAAGAAUCUGACGGACAUGGCCCAGUGCUGCGGUCUGUGUGUCUGGCCAAUCAGGAAACUGAAGGCCUUUGAGGAGAGCGGGGCAUACAAGGCCGUUUGGGGCGGAGCCUCCGGUCAGGACGGCGUCGUCUCCAAUCAGCCGCCGUCGUCUCGAGUCGUCGACGAGAGGGAGAUGAUGAUCAUGAGCGGAGGACACAUACGGAGGGUGACCAACGACGCCCGGGAGGACGAGAUGGAGGAGAACCUGGCUCACGUCGGCAGCAUCAUCGGGAACCUGAAGAGCAUGGCCCUGGACAUGGGAAACGAGAUCGACACGCAGAACGUCCAGAUCGAACGCAUACAGGGCAAGGCUGUUCUCAACGUGUCCCGAAUCGACGCCGCCAACCAGAAAGCCAACAACCUCAUGAAACGAUAGAGGAGCGCUCCUCCAUCUCACUCGCUUUCUGUUUCGUCCAGCUUUCUUUAGCACGCUGUGCCAAACUGUCAUCCUGCGCUUUACGUAGGUCGUCUUCUAGCGUUUUCUUCGUGGUAUUCCCAGAGGAACUGUGAGUCCACGACUCUCAGCUGUGUCGUAGCGACCUGUCAGGUGUUCAUUAUUUUGUGUGAUCGUACUCAUGUUUCUGCUCGUGAUAUUCUGACUUGUACCUGUGCGUGGCACUGAUGUAAAACGUUGGAAAUUAGGAUUGUUAGAGCUCUACUCCUGUCACUUGGCUUUUCACACUGGGUGUUUGGCGUGAAGGUGGCCCCUGCAGACUUUCACCGGUCCCUGUGGUGAAACUGGGCCACUGCAGCACCUCCGCCAGCAGAGCGCACAGUCAGACCCAUUAUGUUUCUACGUAGACAUUAUUUCACAGAAAGUGAACCUGACCAACACGGCGGAGAGCAGCCCGUGGGCCGGGACGCGGCCUCUUUAUACUAUCGGACAAAAAGAAAAAGAACGUCUGUAUGUGCAGAGUGUGUGAGCAAAUCCCAACAGAGAGAAGAAUAUUGACAACAAUAAGCGACCAGCUGACGCUCCAGUGUAAACAUCAUGAGUAACACACCACCCUGCCCCCUUUGUUAGUCUCAAACCAUCCACAGAGGGAGAAACACGGUGCGUGAUGGCGCCCUCUGCAGGCCCAUCGGGGUACUGUCUAAGAGAAGGAAACACGUACUUGUCUCCAGAGGAGGCUCUCUGGCGACACCCAGCGGACAAACACGGAGCCUGCUAACGUAUCAGCACCCAUGUGAAUCAAAUCAUGUGAACUUUCCUGCUUUUUCAUGUCUGCGUUUCCUAAUUAUUGGUUUUAGCGAACAUCAGCUGCCGUGGUGUGUUGGGUCUGUGGGUAUCAUUGUAGUUCAGUCAGUCUGGACCUUUGCUGUGGUGUGGGGUUCAGGUCUUGUGGUUUGUGUGUAUCAGUGCUGUGGUUAUUACUUGUAGCAUACAGUGAAGCUCAUGACCUUUGCUGAGCCCAGCAGGCCUCCUUUCUUAUCACGCAUCAGGUUUAGGACAACCGCUGGGGCGGGGACAAAGUGGCGCGUGCGCAGAGCGCCGGUGUUUGUUGUGAGAUGCUAAAAUAUGAACAAUAUGAAUAAAAAUUGUGUUAACAAAUGGCGCCUGGUUUUGCAGUGAUAAUG